GCGUCCUCUUGGUGGUUGGAAUGAAGGCAGGGGAAGAAGACGGUCGGACGGAGAGUGCACGGCGACGCUGCGAGACGACGCCUUCGUUUUCUCCUGAAACAAAAUAAAAGAAACGAAAAGAAGAAGAAGAAGAAGGAGUAUAGAGAGAGGGGGAAAAGGCGACGGAGAAAAGACCAAAUCGCCCCUUUCUGCAGGUCCCGGUCGCCGCUUCGUGUCGGACACGCUACCUUUUCUUUUUCGGGGAUAGUUUUGUCCUUUUCUUUCUCUUUGGUCGUGGACCACGGUCCCUAGGGUUCUUCUGCCAGCUUCGGAGAAGGGGGAAGGCAGGCGAUCAGGCCUCGUAUUUAGUCUCUCUCUCUCUCUCUCUCUCUCUCUCACACCUAGCUCUUGUAAUCCAAUCAGUCUCCAAGGCGGACGUUUUCUUGAAUUCGGCAUCGGAUCUCGCGUGAUCCGAUCGGAGGAUCGGAGCUCCCUCGCAGGAACCAUUGUCUGCCUUUUAGGGGAGAUAUUCUGCUACUCGGAGAAGUUCGGUUCUUCUCAACUCGUGGAUAUUUGAGAAGUGUUUUGACUUCCUCAAAGUGAUUUCGGUAUUAUGCUGACAUUUUCUCAUGGGGUCUCCGAAGUGAUGUUUCCUGUAGCUUAUAGGAAAUCAAUACUUCUGUAUAGUUCUUGUUAUCUGUACUUAUGUCCUGAAGACUCAUUUAGAAGAAAGAGAUGCAGAAAUCCUCCCCCCAUCAGAAUGUAAGUUCACCAAGAGAAUUAGCUCAGCAAUCUGUUCAUUGUAUGAGUGGCAGGCGUUCUCAAAGAGGAACUGGGCAGCAUUCUUCUCCAACUGUUUUUCCAGAAAAAAGAGGCAAGACCAAACCUUUGAAGCAAAGUGAUGCCACUGUUGCCAAUGAAGACCCUGAAAAGGUAAAGGCACAUGAGCACAGAAUAGAUAUUGGAGAUGAGAAGUCUGAUCUGUUAGGUUAUGAGGUUUUCUGUGGGAAGCUUGCUCUUGAUAAGAAAGCUAAAGUAACGAGUACUGAUGAGGGGACGAGGUCGGGAACUGGAAACUCUGAUAGCAUCGAUGCAAGACUUACAAGCAAAGCCCUGAUCUGGGGUUCUCAUGUUCUAAGACUUGAGGAUGUCAUAUCUGUGUCACACAAUGCUGGUCUCCGGCAUUUUACUGUACAUGCAUACCCUGUUAGAAAGAGGUCCUGUGGACUUUCUUGUUUUUUGAAGUCACAUAGAAUUAGAAUGGACUUCCGCUUCCUGGCUCCUAGUUCAGAGGAAGCUGUUCAGUGGGUUAGUGGCUUUGCAGAUCAGCAAUGCUUUAUAAAUUGCUCACCUCAUCCCAUGGCGUCCAGUAGGAAGCAGGCUUCUGAUAUUGUUGCAAGUGAGCCUCUAUUCGAUCAACCACACAUCAAAUGUAAAAGUCCUCCGAAAGUGCUUGUAAUAUUGAAUCCUCGAUCCGGACAUGGUCGAUCAAGUAAAGUAUUCUAUGGCAAAGUGGAACCAAUUUUCAAGCUUGCAGGUUUUAUGAUGGAGGUAGUUAAUACAAAAUAUGCAGGUCAUGCAAAAGAGCUUGCUUCUACUGUUGAUUUCAGCACAUGCCCGGAUGGAAUUAUAUGCGUUGGUGGUGAUGGAAUUGUGAAUGAGGUGCUUAAUGGUCUUCUCAGCAGAAGUGAUCAGAAGGAAGCAAUUUCCAUUCCUAUUGGCAUAAUUCCUGCUGGUUCUGACAAUUCGCUUGUUUGGACCAUUUUGGGAGUUAGAGAUCCGAUUUCUGCUGCUAUAGCUAUUGUGAAGGGGGGCUUGACUGCUACAGAUGUUUUUGCUGUUGAAUGGCUUCAGACUGGUGGUGUUCAUUUUGGCACGACUGUUACGUACUUUGGUUUUGUCAGUGAUGUUUUGGAACUCUCUGAGAAAUAUCAGAAACAUUUUGGUCCCCUACGGUACUUUGUGGCUGGUUUUCUUAAAUUUCUAUGCGUGCCCAAAUACCACUUUGAGUUGGAAUAUCUUCCGAUGACGAAGCAGGCGGCAGACUCUGAAGGAAAGGUUUUAGAAGAUCAAGAGAAAAUUGAUAUGUCAGACCUCUACACAGACAUAUCGCGGAAGUCAAAAACUGAAGGCAUCCCCAGGGCUUCCAGUUUAUCCAGUAUUGAUUCAAUUAUGACUCCUAGUAGGAUGUCUGGGGCCGACUUUGACACUUCAAAUAGCACCCUUGCAAGCACUGAGCCAUCUGAAUAUGUACGUUGUCUUGAUCCCAGAUCAAAGCGUUUAUCCUUAGGGAGGAACAAUUUAGUGGCAGAACCAGAAGAAGUCAUUCAUCCCCAGCCUCACCUUUCCUCCAACCCUAACUGGCCAAGGACUAGGUCAAAGUCGCGGACAGAUAAAGGUUGGUCUGGCUCGACUACUACAAAUGAUUCCAGGGGUCCUUGGGCAGCCCCGGCAUUGUAUGACAAAGAAGAUAUUUCGUCAACGGUAUCCGAUCCUGGACCUAUUUGGGACUCUGAACCAAAGUGGGAUACCGAGCCAAAGUGGGAUACUGAACCAAACUGGGAAACUGAGAAUCCCAUUGAGCUGUCAGGGCCACCUGAUGACAUAGAGUUAGGGAUAAAGAAGGAACUCGUUCCAAACUUAGAGGAGAAGUGGGUAGUUAAGAAGGGGAGAUUUCUUGGCGUCUUGAUAUGCAACCAUUCAUGCAGGACUGUCCAGAGUUUAAGUUCCCAGGUUGUUGCACCAAAAGCUGAGCAUGAUGAUAACAGUUUGGACCUGCUAUUGGUCAACGGAAGUGGGAGAAUGAGGUUGUUAAAAUUUUUUGUGUGCCUGCAAUUUGGUCGGCAUCUUUCUCUGCCCUAUGUGGAGUAUGUCAAGGUAAAAGCAGUGAAGCUUAGGCCUGGAAUAAAUGCUCACAAUGGCUGUGGUAUUGAUGGGGAACUUCUUCGUGUAAAAGGUCAAGUCCUGUGCUCUCUGCUUCCAGAGCAAUGCAGGCUGAUUGGUCGUCCUGCCAGAAAUCGUUUAUAAGGGCCACGAGCUUUUAAAUUUACUAAGCCUCCAAGGUAUGUGCUCUGUUUUCACCGCUAAGAUCCUGUAUGAGAUGUGGCAGUGGAAUUGGGAGCACUCACAUUUCAAGCAUGCGGAUUAUACCAGCCUUCUUGUUUCAGAGGUCUCUGUACGUUUGAGUGCUCCAACCGUCGUGCAUGAUGAUGAUAUAUAUAUACAUAUAUAUAUUCCUUCAUUGAUGUACCGCACUUGUUUGAUGCUGCCUGUUGUUUGUUCAUUCUGUUGUGAUAUGCUUCUUAGGCCUCAAUCGAGUUCUUUCUAUGCACUUGUAUCAUAUAGGGCGUCAGAGCACCAAUCUUUCUUUAUUAGUUGCGGCACCAUAUUUUAAUUUUCGACUAAUUUCCAGAUUCUGCAAAGCUUAGUUGCUUUUGGGUUGUUCUUAUGAUCAGGCGUGUCUUUUGGGCGUUUUUAUCAAGCUUCUCUAGUACAGAAUAAUUGUUGAUCAGAUCUCAAUCCUCAAGUGGUUUAUGUACAUACUAAUUCUGUGUGGUAUGUUAGUAUUUGGUGAAUUAUAAAGAAAUAUUGUGUUUACGUUUUCA